AUGGACACAUUGAGAGUCUGUGGCGAUGCAAAGACCUUGAGGACCCCAAGGCACAAGCGUGUGUCAACCCCAUCUCUUCCCCCAGAUACAUAUCAGUACCAACACUGGCAUCCGUUGGCUCUGAAACUUGGCUGUGCUGGGCUGAUCGUUCUUUUCUUGAGCCUGAUUGGACUCAGUGUCUUAGUGCGAUUCUUAGUGCAAAAAUCACCAACAGAAAAAUACAGUGUGACUGUUCAAGAGAACAGGACUGAAUCAACAGGAAGAUCAGUCAUACUAAAGUGUCCGAGAGAUUGGCAUCCAUACCGGGAUAAAUGCUUACAUCUUUCUCAAACUUCUGGACCUUGGUCUGAAGGUCUAACUUAUUGCUCUGUGAAAGAAGCCACUUUACUGCUCAUUGAAAAUGAAGAAGAAUUGAGAUUCAUUCAUGAUUUCUCAAAGAGAAAAAGACAGCAGUUUUUUAUUGGACUAAACUAUGUACCACUGGAGAAAGCCUGGAAGUGGAUAAAUGGCUCCAUAUUAAAUCCUGAUUUAUUAAGAAUCAUGGGCACUGAAGAAGAAAACAGCUGUGCAGUCAUCUCACAGACAGAAGUGUUUUCUGACUUCUGUUCUUCAGACAACCGCUGGAUCUGCCAAAAGAAACUGAACCAUGACUGUAAUCCUUGUCCUGACUCCUGA